AGUCGACGGUUGAAUGUGUAACGGUGCGGUUCGUGCGAAUUACGUUAAAGUUAAACGCGGCGGAAGUCGUGUUUGUUUGUGUGUGUUUGUAUGUAAAGAAAUUCUAAUUCAAAUACAAGAAAAAUAAUAAUAAAAAGAAAUAAAUAAAUAUCAUAUAAAUAAAUUUGAAAAUAAGCGAAAUAGUAAUUGAAAUCGAAUAAAAAGUAUUAAUUAUAAUCACUUGUAUAUGUAAAAUAAUUAAUUUAGCCCUUAAUAAUAAAUUGUAUUGUAGUAAAUCAAUCAAAAGUAUCUCUUACAAAAUAAAUUAAGAAAUUAAUGCAAAAAAUUAAAUUUAAAAAUAUUUAUUAAAAGUUCAAUAAGAAGAAGCGAAAAAAGUAAUUUUUUGUGUCGUUGUAUUUCUUCUUCUCUAGUAUAAAAAGUGGCAGCGAGCGAAUACCAGAGUGUUUGCGUGCCCGUGCCUACACACAGAUACUCACUCGUACAUCUAAACUGGGUUUUUUGUUGGCGUACGUGUGUAUGUGUAUGAGCAAGUGAGUGUACAAAAAAAUUUAAGGUAAAAGAAUAAAAUACAACAACAAUAAUAAUAAUAAAAGUGUAGAAGAAUGUGAGUGUGUUUUGUUUUAAUAAAAAACUGGUUUAGUUAGAAGACAACUACAAGAAUACGGCUGAGAAACCAACAAAAAUAACAACACGGGUAACAUGGUUAGGAGUCGAGAAUGAAUAUAGAAGUUAUUAGUAGUAACAGCAACAACAACAGCAAUAAGAAUAGAAACAAACAAACAAAAAAGAUUUUAUAUGUGUGAACGUUAAUUUUACACCUACGAAUCUAUAUUAAAUCUUAAUAUAAUGGAAUCAAAUCAAAAUUAUACAAACAAUUAAAAAAAAACAAGUUUGAAUAUACAAGUAAUAUUCAACCAAGAUUGAAGUAAGAGCAGGAGAGGAGAAAAUAAUGAAAAUUUAUUAAUAUGUUGGUCUUUAGACCAACAACUCAACUAAAAUUGCCAUAAAAAAAUUAAAUUGUUUUGUAAGUGUAAAAAGCAAAAAAGAAGAUAAAAAUUUCAAUCAUAAAAUGUCAAUAGUCAAGUCAAGCGAAGUUGAAAAUUACAAAAAAAGAAGUGUGAAAAAUUUCAACAAAUAAAAAUAAAACAAGUUUAUGGUUUAUUUUACAAAACGUUACAGAGGCAACAACAGCAACGUUGAAUAAAAGUGAAAAAUAUUUAUUAAACAGAAACGUAACGAAACGAGCCAAAACGAAAUAAUUUAGCCAACAAUAUGAAUUGGAUUAUUGUGGCCAUAGUGCUGCUUAUGGCUCACAAAGAGUAUAUGGCCAGUCCAACGCCACUCAAGUUGCCCGGUCAUACACAAAAAUUAACCCCAUUUAUAAAACAUUGGGAGGCAGCAAAUUUCGAUCGUACACAUUUACAUGAAGCCCAUGAAAAACACAUUGAACAGAAGCGACAUCGUCGAAAAAGAGACUUAAAUGCUGGUGAAUAUGGACCAGCGCAUACCAUAAGACUGAAUUUUUCUGCUCAUGACAGGGAAUUUCGUUUGGUGCUGCGUCAGGAUCCCUUAUCAGUAUUCACCAGUGAUGUACAAAUAGAAACAAGUGAUGGACCCAUGGAUUAUGAUAUUACUAGAAUAUAUACGGGGUCAUUAGAAGAUGAUGAAAAUUCGCACGUACAUGCUAUUUUAACCAAGGACAAUCUGUUAGAUGGUACCAUUGAAACACCUACAGAAAAUUUCUACAUUGAACCGUCUCACAGAUAUUCCCAGCAGUUGAAUGAGACCGGUGUACACACCAUUAUUUAUAAAUUAAGUGAUGUGGACAUGCGUAAACCAGCAGUUGAGGAACCCACCAAAUCAUCAUCGGCCGAACAUUGUGCCAGUGAACGUCUUAGACGCAGCAUGUUACUGGACGAGCUGAAAAGAAGAAAGUCUAAUGGCGAAGAAUUUCGAGGGUAUAAAGAUGAACCUCUGACACCAGACGAAGUAAAAUUGUAUAAAAAACGCUCGAAAAGAUGGCUGCCAGAAGAGCUGGCUUCAUCUGGUGAUGGUCAUAAAAAGGAUCCGCCGCUACCGUUGGAUUUAGAUGUUCCCUACAAUGAUGACUACAGUAUUUUUCAUAAUGCGGAUAAUCCGCAUUCAAAGUAUGAUGAGAAAACAUUUAGUCCUUUAGACAAAACCACCUCAACCGAAACUACGAGUAACUUUAAUAAUAAUAAUAAUAAUAAUAAUAAUAAUAAUAAUAAUAAUAAAAAUAAUUAUAACAAUAAUAAUAGAAAUACUAAUACAAAUACAAACAAUAAGGAAGAACAAUUGCGUAAAACGCAACAGCAACAACAAGCAUCUGUGAUAACGUGGCGAAAUGCUGGACAGCAACAACAAACUUAUAAUACAGUUACAACAACAACAUCCACUGCAACUGCACAGCCUAAUUCAGCCUCAUCAUCAUCGUUUACCAAGUACAACCGCAACCGUAAUAUCAUUGUUAGUAAUUAUAAUCCAAAUAAUAACAACAACAACAAUAAUAACAAUAACAACUACAAUGCAGACAACAUUAACAAUUCCUACAACAAUAACAUAAGAAAAACCUAUACAAAACACAAAAAUAUCAUUGUUAGUACCUACAACAACAACAAUAAUAACAACCAGAAUACCAACGCUAGCAACAGAUCAGCCUCCUCCUACGACCGUGUUGAUGAUUUCAGCGAUGGCAGCAAUUUCUUUAACAACAAUUGGACCACCAUCUUCAUGGGCAACGAUCGUCCCAUCCACAAGACCCAUGUGGAAAUCAUUACUAAAAAUGGUGCCACUAAAAAGCCCAACAUAAUUGUCAACAACUAUAAUCCCGACAUCAUGAUGGCACCCAAUCCACAUAAUCCCAAUUUCAACAGCAUGCUAAUGACCAAUCUGCUGAGCAAUAGAGGCAAUGGUGAUUUUGGCCAAAGUGAUUCAACGAAUUCCGGCAAAUCUUUGUAUGAUCGCAAAAUAACCUGCAUGCUGUAUUUGCAGGCGGAUCAUACGUUUUUUCAGAAGAUGGGCUCGGAUGAGGCGAGCAUAGAGGCAAUAACAAGGCAUGUCCAGCGAGCCAAUGCCAUAUAUAAGAAUACAGAUUUUAACAAUGAUGGCAAAGCGGACAAUAUUACAUUCAUGAUUAAGCGCAUCAAAGUCCACAAUAUGAAUGCUGUCAAAGAUCCUUCAUACCGUUUUCCUGGCAAUUAUGGUGUUGAAAAAUUUUUAGAAUUAUUUUCAGAGGAGGAUUACGAUGCUUUUUGUUUGGCUUAUAUGUUCACCUAUCGAGAUUUUGAAAUGGGUACUUUGGGCUUAGCAUGGACUGGUGAUUUGAAAAAUGCUGGCGGUGUUUGUGAAAAGAAUGGGCAUUAUCGUGGUUCAUUAAAAUCCUUAAACACUGGCAUUGUGACUUUAUUAAAUUAUGGCAAACAUGUGCCACCAGCUGUUUCGCAUGUAACAUUGGCCCAUGAAAUUGGUCAUAAUUUUGGAUCACCGCACGAUCCCGAACAAUGUACUCCAGGUGGUGAAGAUGGCAAUUACAUUAUGUUUGCGCGAGCUACAUCGGGUGACAAGAAGAAUAAUAAUAAAUUUUCACCCUGUUCCCUGAAAUCCAUAGAACCGGUACUCAAUGCUAAAGCUCGCAGUACGAAAGGUUGCUUUACCGAACCCCAAUCAUCCAUUUGUGGUAAUGGUGUGGUCGAACCAGGAGAGCAGUGUGAUUGCGGUUGGGAAGAAGAUUGUAAAGAUUCUUGUUGUUUCCCUAUGUCACGCCACUCACGCAUAGAUGAAAAACCCUGUACUCUAACACCGAAAGCUAUGUGUAGUCCUUCUCAGGGUCCCUGCUGUACCGGAGACUGUAAACUUAAAUAUGGCGAUAAGUGUCGUGAUGACAACGGUUGCAGAGAUCCUAGUUUCUGUGACGGUCAUAUGCCUCAAUGUCCUCCCUCCAUCAACAAGCCUAAUAAAACUAUUUGUAACAAGGAAUUUGUCUGCUACAUGGGAGAAUGUACUGGCAGUAUUUGUCUGGCCUAUGGUCUGGAAUCGUGUCAAUGCAUACCUGGUCCUAAAGAUGACAAAAUCAAGUCGUGUGAAUUGUGCUGCAAAUUGCCUGGGGAGGAUAAUCCCUGUCGCAGUUCAUUUGAGUGGAAUGAUGCUCCAUUUGAUGUACCCGAUAUGUAUGCCAAACCUGGUACUCCUUGCAAUGACUAUAAUGGUUACUGUGAUGUCUUCCAGAAAUGUCGUGAAGUUGAUCCCUCUGGCCCUUUGGCAACAUUACGAAAACUACUACUGUCCGAAGAGAGUAUUGCAACAUUCAAAAAGUGGAUGCAACAAAACUGGUAUACUGUCGCUUUGGCGGGCAUUGGCGUUUUUGUAUUAUUGAUAUUGAGCACGAAGCUACUGGCGAAACGGUCAAAUCUGAAAUUGAAAUCUGUCACAAUAAUUCACAGCGCCACCACCGAAACCGUACGUCUACCCGACGACAACAACGGCGUUAUCGUGCAUACGGCCGUCCGUACAAAAGUACCUUUCAAAAAGAAAGUAAGAGGAGAACGCAGCAGCUCCAACAACCCAGCCAACAAUGGUAAUAAAUCAAAGAUCGGCGGUAGUAAAAUCAAUAAAAACUCAAACAAGUCCUCUCACGCCCAUGCCAGGGCCACCAAAGUUAACGCAAAAAAUGCAGCCAAUUUAACCACCAACCCAAAUACAGUUAACGCUCCUAAUAAUGGCACUGAUGUUAAGAAGCCUGUAAGAACUAAGAAGAAUAGAGUAUCGGGCAGUACGGGUAAAUCAGCUCAUAAUGUCAUUAAUGCUGUGGUCAAUGCAGAAAAAGUCAAUCAAGAGAAUCUUAAGAAGUCAAAGAAGAAGAAACACAGCAAGGAAAUCAUAGAUUAUUCCUCUCGCACUGGCCCCGCUUUAGGCGGUGCCCCCAUUAAUCAUACCAACACCUUUGGUAAGGUACAAAAAUGGUUGUUAGAGUCUCCCAUAGUAGCACAGCCACUCUCCCAUAUUGAACAUUCCUCCAAGGUUAGAAAAGUUAUGAGCAAGUCACAAAGUACUCCAGAGCGACUAGUGCAGAAAACUCCCACCAAAAGCAAAAGCAUGGGCAACCUGUCCAAUGAGAAGGUCAAACUACAAGUGGUAUACAAACCUCCGUUCCGAUUUGCCUUGCGCUUAUCGAAGAAUACCAAGGUGAAGACUCAUGUGAUGGGCAACAUAAGCAAUAAUAAAUUCAAAAGACACUCCAGAACAGACAAUAAACGAUCCAGUGGUAGUCAUCAAAUGGAUGGUGGUGGUAGUGGGAGUGGUGUGAAGUCUUUAGGUGAGAAGACCAAGAGGGCUGCCUUAUUACUCCGUUCCAACAAUGACGAGGACAAUCAAAUUUUAACCUUAAAUGAACCCAAUUAUGAAACCCUGAAUCCCAAAACCGCACCAUCCAAAAUGGAGAAUCCCUUCUAUGAAAAUAUAAAAUUUAUGCAAACAAACGAAAAGCGCCACAGUGAUCCAGCUGUUACAACUGGAGACUCGGGUGCAGCAUCAGCCAGUGGAGGUUCCAUGACUAAUAGUGUAAAACGCUCCUCUAGCAAGUCAAAUCUAGAAGCUCAUCAACAGCCACAACAUUUUCAGAGAUCUUCUAGUUCUAGCAACCCCUUUGCCAUCAUGGAUGCAGCACGCAAUUCACGCAAAUUAAGCGAGAGUAAUGCUGACAAUUUAAGCCGUAAUUUUGGCAGCACACAGAAUUUAAUCAACAGCAGUCAAAGUAAUUUAAGUAAAUCAAAAAAACGUAGCAGUCUUAAUUUAAAGUCAACUAUAAAUAAAAACGGUAAGGACCCACCUUUGCCCGCUAACAUGCCACCCACUAAAAGAAGUAACUCCAACAUGAAUCUGAGAAGAGAUUCCACCACAAAUGCUGUAGCAGACAGUAUAAAAGCAUCCAAGCAUUUGCAAUCACAGGCAGUGCCCCUGAGACGUAGUAUAAGUAGCUCCACGCAUACAAAUCAAACGGCUGCAAAUCCGCUAGCCAAAUCAUCGUCGUCAUCAUCAACGCCUGCUGGUGCAGGAGCUUUACCUACACAACUGCCAUCUUAUAACGCUCAACGUUCUUCGCGAGCUAGUUUUAGCAAUAUACCCAGAGCUAGUCUUAGUCUGGUCAAUUCGUCCUCCUCUAGUACGGGUAGUAAUUCGCCAGCCAACUUAAAUACAAGUCACACAAGUUUCCCCUUCAACUCUCAAGCCUCAUCUGGGCACAACAUGCAGGCAGAACAAAGACGCAGUCGAUCUAGUUUACCACCGCCACCUGUACAGCCUAACAACGGCCAUCAAAGAUCAAAUUCUGUAAGGCAGCAUGCCCACAACUAUCAUCCGCCACCACUGCCCUCCACCAGUAGCAAUGCAGCAGUCAAUAAAUCUCAAUCAAACUCAAAUACAAACAAUUCGGAACUGCCAUCUGAUUUAGAGGUCAUGGUGUCCGAUAUCGAAAAUUUGGUUAGUUAGUCAAAAGUUUAUAAAGUUCGUCAAAGAGUCAUUUCCUUUGUAGGUAGAAUACCAAUGAAUUGAUUAUGAAUUCCUUGCGACUGCUGCUUUAAAAUCCACAACCAAUCACUCACUUUCACAAAAACCUGCCAAAAUAUUAGAAAAUUUGGUGUUAAAGAAUAGCUGAAAUACAAACAAAAAAAAACUACCGCCGCCUCACUGCCCUAUUUUGGACUCUACAUACUAAAUAAUUUUAAAAAUUCAAAACGAAAGUUACUUUAACUUUUGCAAGACGAUGGAUGGAUGGAUGAAUGAACGAACGGAUGGUAUUAUUUUGAUAUUAAAGAAACAAGAACAAAAACUACAAACAUUUUACGUGUAACAAAAGUUUCUUAGAAUUAUUUUUGUAAGCGGAAAAAAUAUAGAAAAAAAAACAACAAAACCUAGAAGACUUAUCCAUGUCUCCAUUUCUCCUCCCUCCCUCGUUCCCUUACUCAUCACUGCUAUAACAAAUUGAAAUAAAUUUGUUUAAUAAAAUACUUGAUGUUGUAGACAAAGUUUUCCUUAUUGAAUGGAUUUUAAGAUUUUCCACAAAAGAGCCAAUUGAAGCAGCACAUACUUGUGCAGAAAAGGAUUUUAAAAUUGUUGAAAUUAAAUUUUUAAAAACAAUGACUUUUUAACGAUUCAACAACAAUGAUUGAUUUCCCAAAUUUCAAUUGAUGAUUUAGAAACAAUAAAACAAAACUUUAACAAAAGAAACGCUUCAUUAAAGUCACAGGCAGGCGAAAUAAAUGUGUAAACGAAAGCGAAAGCAAUAGCAGGAGGGGACAGAUCAAGUUGUCAUUUGUACUUAGUUGUAAAAUAUACUUAUUUAGUUCCAUCAUCCAUCAUGAAUACAAUAAUACUUCAUUAAUAUGCCUUUUAUUAAGGAGAGAUUUUGGAGAAGAUUAUAAAAUGUCUGUUUAAAAUUGAAAAAAAAAAACUUUAAAAUUAUUUGGAAAUUUUUGAGAUAUUUUACAAAACAUUGUAUACUUUACAUGCUGGGAAUAAUAAACUUUUAUUGGCGAAUGUUUUUACAAAUUUCAAUAUUUUAUUAAACAAAUUCUACUGAAGAAAGAUCAAUGUCAAAAUAUCAACUCUUGCCUUAACAACUCUAAUUGUAUUUUUAAUAAAGUCCACUCAUUAUUUAAAUUUAUUUAAAUUAAAAAAACAGUAAAAUAAAUUUAUAAAUUAAAAACAAAAAAACUCAAUGUAAAUCCCUUAAAACUGAUUUUGAAAUCCAAAAGCAAAAACAAAAAAAGAAACUAUAACAAGUCUUCAAAACUAUUUUGUGAUCGUAGUUUAUUUAUUAAUAAAUUAUUUAAAAAUAAAAAAAAUUAAAAUAAAUUUUAAGUCUAAAAUUAAAGAAAACUGUAUAAAUGUGUAAAUUUUAUGUUUUAAACAAAAAAAGUCUCGUUUUAUUUUUAAUUUAAUUUUUUUUAAAUUUUCAUUUAUUUUAAACUGUAUGUAUGAUAUUAAACCAAUAAAACAAAUUGCAAAAACAAAUUAACUAUUUAAUAUAGCAUAAUAAAAUAAUAAUAAUAAUAACAAAUAAGUUAUAAAAAAAAGAAAUCUGUAUUGUCAACAUAGUAACUGAACUGUGUGUAAAAUAAAUCAAUGGAAAAUAAAAAAAACUGAAACAUAAA